GCAGAAAUAGGAGGAGUUGAACAGUCCCAAGGUGGAGCUGUCUCCUGUGUUAUAUGACACUGGCAGAGUAAAGCACUUCUGAUGGGGAAGGGCUUAAAGGCUGAGUCAAAAGCCAAGAAGUCUCUCUAUUUACGCCUACCUCCCAGUCCUUGGCAAUCUGACUAAUAACAAACUGAGCUAACUAGAAAGACUAGAAGGGGAGGAACUGAGCAUUGCCGCAGUCUGGAUCUCCAACCAAAGAAAGCAAGAGUGAGCACCCCCUCCAGCUCUGCAAAACAUCUUGUUUAUUUACCGUGAUCAGCAGCUUUUCAGUGGUUAACUAUAUGCAAGGCAAAGUCAGCAUAGCUGUGAAGUAUGCCGUGAAUAUUAAUUGGGAGAAGAAGGACUACGGUUUCAGGAUGCUCCAGUGUGUUCUCUGCCUGCAACACUUCCAGAGAGAAUAAGUGCUCAGUGUUUUGUCUUUGACCAGAUGUUUUAACUUUCUGAAGCUUCGGGACUUGACGAAAAGCGAUCUUUGAGGAGUAAGUGCACUGUGCUUGGUGUUUCCUUUUUUAAUAAACGAACUGAUUGACUUUGGACACGUCUUCCAACUGAGCAUUCUAGACAGUGCCAGGAAGUGUCUGCUUAACAGAGUUAGAUCCAGGCAUAGGACAACAUGAAGCUGUGGAUUCACCUCCUUUGUUCAGCUCUCCUUACCUGUCUAUCUCUACAGUCCCAGUCAACAAUGCCCUCAGUCAGAGGUUCUUGCGACACUCUUUGCAACUGUGAAGAGAAAGAUGGCAUAAUGCUAAUAAAUUGUGAAGAAAGGGGCAUCGAUAAAUUAUCCCAAAUAAGCGUGCCACCAUCACGACCUUUCCAGUUAAGCUUAUUAAAUAAUGGCUUGACAGUUCUUCACACCAAUGCCUUUUCUGGCCUUGCCAAUGCUCUCUCAAUACACCUUGGAUUUAAUAACAUUGCAGAUAUUGAGACUGGUGCAUUUAACGGCCUUGGGCUUCUUAAGCAACUUCAUAUCAAUCACAAUUCUUUGGAAAUUCUUAAAGAGGAUACCUUCCAUGGUUUGGAGAACCUGGAAUUCUUGCAGGCUGAUAAUAAUUUCAUUACAGUUAUUGAACCAAGUGCCUUCAGCAAGCUCAAUCGGCUGAAAGUAUUGAUUUUAAAUGACAAUGCUAUCGAGAGUCUUCCUCCAAACAUAUUUCGAUUUGUUCCUUUAACCCAUCUAGAUCUUCGUGGAAAUCAGUUGCAAACACUGCCUUAUGUUGGUUUUUUGGAACACAUUGGGCGGAUCUUGGAUCUCCAGUUGGAGGAUAAUAAGUGGGCCUGUAAUUGUGAAUUACUGCAGCUAAAAAACUGGUUAGAAAACAUGCCUCCACAGUCCAUAAUUGGUGAUGUUGUGUGCAACAGCCCUCCACUUUUCAAAGGGAGCAUACUUAGUCGACUGAAAACGGAAUCUAUUUGUCCUACUCCACCCGUGUAUGAAGAACAUGAGGAUCCAUCAGGAUCUUUGCUGGCCAUAACAUCUUCAACAAGUGACAGCCGCAUAUCAACCAAGAAUACAUCCAUUUUAAAACAACCUACCAAAGCACCAGGUUUGAUACCUUACCUUACAAAGCCAUCCACUCAGCUUCCAGUACCAUACUGUCCUAUUCCUUGCAACUGCAAAGUCCUCUCGCCAUCAGGACUUCUAAUCCACUGUCAAGAGCGCAAUAUUGAAAGCUUAUCAGAUCUACAACCUCCUCCACAAAAUCCCAGAAAGCUGAUUCUUGCAGGCAAUAUUAUUCAUACCUUAGUGAAGACUGACCUGAUGGAAUACUUCACGUUGGAAAUGCUUCACUUGGGAAACAAUCGCAUUGAAGUUCUUGAAGAAGGAUCAUUUAUGAAUCUAACAAGACUACAGAAGCUCUAUCUCAAUGGUAAUCAUCUAACCAAACUAAACAAAGGCAUGUUCCUCGGUCUUCACAGCCUUGAGUAUUUGUAUCUCGAAUACAAUGCAGUAAAAGAAAUACUACCAGGGACCUUCAACCCAAUGCCUAAACUGAAAGUUCUUUAUUUAAAUAACAACCUCCUUCAAGUUUUACCACCACAUAUUUUUUUGGGUGUUCCUCUAACUAGAGUAAAUCUUAAAACAAACCAAUUCACCCAUUUACCUGUAAGUAAUAUCUUAGAUGACCUUGACUUACUGAUCCAGAUUGACCUUGAAGAUAACCCCUGGGAUUGCUCCUGUGACCUGGUUGGAUUGCAACAAUGGUUACACAAACUUGGCAAAAACACCCUGACAGAUGAUAUCCUCUGUACUUCCCCAGGGCAUCUUGACAAAAAGGAAUUAAAAGCCCUCAACAGUGAACUUCUUUGCCCUGGUUUAGUGAACAAUCCUUCCUUGCCAACUCAGACUAGCUACAUUAUGGUGACUUCUCCCACAGCAUCAACAGCUACAGCUGGUACUAUUUUAAGUUCUCUCACUGAUGCAGUUCCUCUAUCAGUUCUAAUAUUAGGACUUUUGAUUGUGUUCAUAACUAUUGUAUUCUGUGCUGCGGGGAUUGUGGUUCUUGUGCUCCACCGUAGGAGAAGAUAUAAAAAGAAAAAAGGAGAUGAGCAAAUGAGAGACAACAGUCCUGUACAUUUGCAUUACAGCAUGUAUGGUCAUAAAACAACUCAUCAUACAACUGAAAGGCCUUCUGCCUCUCUCUAUGAGCAGCAUAUGGUGAGCCCCAUGGUUCAUGUCUACAGAAGUCCAACCUUUGGUCCAAAGCAUUUGGAGGAAGGUGAAGAAAGGAAUGAUAAAGAAGGAAAUGAUGCAAAACACCUCCAGAGGAGCCUGCUAGAACGGGAAAAUAAUUCACCACUUACAGGUUCAAAUAUGAAAUACAAAACUGCAGACCAAUCAACAGAUUUUUUAUCCUUUCAGGAUGCAAGCUCAUUAUAUAGGAACAUUUUGGAGAAAGAAAGGGAGCUUCAGCAACUGGGCAUCACUGAGUACCUAAGAAAAAACAUUGCUCAGCUCCAGCCAGAUGUGGAAGUCAACUAUCCUGGAGCCCACGAGGAACUGAAGUUAAUGGAAACAUUGAUGUACUCACGACCGAGAAAGGUGUUGGUGGAACAGACUAAGAAUGAAUAUUUUGAGCUCAAAGCUAACUUGCAUGCUGAACCUGACUAUUUAGAAGUCUUGGAGCAACAAACAUAGAUGGGUUAUUUGUGGGCUUUUGCAGAAAUGCUGUGCUUCUGUCUUAAGUCCAAACCUUGAGAACAAGUGCCUUACAUGAGUGUCAUCAAUCAGAACUCAGCACAGCAGGAAUCCUAUGGGAGAUAAGAGAAGAAAGUGAAACUCAGGGAUCAUGAAGGAAGCCAUGGCAUUAUCUUUAGGCAAUUUUGCCUGUUCCAAAUAAGAAAAAAGUCUUUGCAUAUAA